AUGACCGCCCUCGCAGUCCCUGCGGUGCCCGCCCCGGGCAUGGGGACGACCCUCGAAGGCCUCAGCUCGCAGCCCAUCAACUCCCGUCGCCCCGCCGCCCCUACGCUCCCCAGCUUUGAACUUCCUCCGCCGCCCUUCGGACUCGCGAGUGCGACGGGGUUGAAGUAUCAAGCACAGCCCCAACAUCCGAGCCAACCCCCCGUUUCGCAUCCCCCGACCAACGUGAGUGUAGGAAAUCUGUUGACACCGCCCGCGACCAACCAGCCCACCGAUCAUGGAUCCCUCUCCCACUCCCUGCCGCCCUCCUCGGGGGUCUCUUCAGAUCUGUCGCCGGCAUAUUGGCCCGGGACCACUCCAUAUGGUGCUCCGGGAGGCGGUCCGGGCCAGUGGGCGCCCACUGCCCACACGGCCUAUUCGGGGCGCAAUUCGUUCUCCCCGUCCAGUCUUCAUCGGUCUGGCUCCAUCACCUCUCCGCCCACAACCGAUGGCCUCACGCAGUCCUUCGAAGCGCCUUCCAUGGCAUCGUUCUCCCAGGCCCUCCCAGCGCCCUCCUCCACCUUGGCCUCCGGCCCGCACCCGGUGACCUUGGGUCUCUACCAGCCGAGCCACACCGCAUCCACGGCGCAACUGCCCUCCAACGACCCCUACAAUACCAAAGCUCACUCGAUGUAUGCUUCUCCCGGCCAGCACACGGGAUACUCACCCAUGUAUGCCGGUCACAAUCCGCUCGGGGGCCAUGGGAAUCCGGUCAUGCAUCCCGGCGCACGAAUGCCCCUCCAAAGUCCCGGUGGACAGUCGGCCUUGUCCUAUCCCCGUCAACCGUGGCCGUCCUACUCCCUUCCCGCCAUGUCCGGUCCGAUCAUGUCCAACGUUCAUAGUCCCAACAGCCCCAUGUCGAUGAUGGGGGGCAUGCAGUCUGGCAUUCUGCCUGGGUUCCACAGCGGUCACCUUGCCAGCACGCAACAUCUCUAUGGCGCUCACCCCGCGCCCAUCAUGGCAUGCCUGGUCCCGUGGCCGAUCGCCCAUUCAAAUGCGAUCAAUGCCCCCAAAGUUUCAAUCGCAAUCACGAUCUCAAGCGCCACAAGAGAAUCCAUUUGGCGGUGA